CUCCUCUGGAACCAUCACCAUGAAGCCCAUCAACUGCGCGACGACCACCGCGGUCCGGGCACUGUCCGCGGCUCCUAGGCAAGCGGCACGAUUCUCGACGACCGCAACGGCGGCUUCGGGACCAUCAUACUCGCAGAAGCCCGGAGAAUCCAAGGCCGACGCAUGGGCGCGCAACAUGGGCGAGGUGCGGGAGUGGCGCCGCCGUCAAGCUACCACCGAGGACCAGGUUUCGCUGUACCUUCCUCCAGGCGUUGAAGCACCGCGCGCCAAGGCCUCGCCGCGUGAGGCGUCUAUCUCCACUCUUCUCGCUGCUGGUGCCGCUCUCGGACACAAGAAGAGCAUCAUGCACCCUGCAUACCUCCCCUUCGUGUACGGCAACCGCGCCGGACUCAACAUCAUCGACCUUGACCAGACACUGAGUAUCCUCCGCCGAUGCGCGAGCGUCGUGCGUGACGUCGUCAAGGAUGAUGGCGUCGUGCUCUUUGUGAGCAAGCAGCGGAACGCCACGCUUCAGAUCAAGGCGCGCAUGGGUGACAACGGCUUCGUGGCGGCGUCAUGGAUGCCAGGCCUGCUCACCAACGCCGAGACCUACUUCGGCAUCGACCCCAUCAUGAAGGGUUCGUACCUGCCCGACUUGGUCAUUUUCUCCUCCCCUGCCAACAACAUUGGCGCCAUCCGCGAGUGCACGAUGCGCAAGGUGCCUACGAUGGGCAUCGUGGACUCGAACAUGGAUCCACGCAUUGUGACGUACGCCAUCCCUGCAAACGCAGCUUCAGUGCGCACGGCCGAGCUGGUGAUUGGCACCCUGUCGCUGGCGGGGCAGGAGGGUCGCCGUCUGCGGCUGCGUGAGGAGGAGAAGGCGAGCCUGCGCAAGACUCGUGACCUGGAGUGGCGCCGCAACCUCAAGGGCGGCAAGCGAGAUGAGGCGGAGUAGCAGAGCAGCCAGGCGAUAACCAUUUAUGCAUUGAUAUCCCAAAU